AUGUCAGGUUUAAGAACGGUUUCAGCUUCCUCCGGGAACGGGAAGAGCUACGACUCUAUUAUGAAGAUUUUACUGAUUGGUGAUUCCGGUGUUGGGAAAUCAUGUUUAUUGGUCCGUUUUGUUGAAGACAAAUUCAACCCCUCAUUCAUUACCACCAUCGGUAUUGACUUCAAGAUAAAGACCGUUGAUAUCAACGGCAAGAAAGUAAAGUUGCAACUUUGGGACACUGCGGGCCAAGAACGUUUCCGGACCAUCACCACAGCAUAUUAUCGUGGUGCUAUGGGUAUCAUUCUUGUUUAUGAUGUAACAGACGAAAGAACUUUCACCAACAUCAAACAAUGGUUCAAGACUGUCAAUGAGCAUGCAAACGAUGAAGCGCAACUGCUGUUGGUCGGUAACAAGAGCGAUAUGGAUACCAGAGUGGUGACAGCUGAUCAGGGUGAGGCCUUGGCUAAGGAGCUGGGUAUACCAUUUAUUGAGUCCAGUGCCAAGAACGAUGAUAACGUCAACGAAAUCUUCUUCACAUUGGCUAGGUUGAUUCAAGAAAAAAUCGACAGCAAUAAACUUGUCGGCGUUGGCAAUGGUAAAGAGGGAAACAUUAGCAUCAAUAGUGGGAGUGGAAACAAUUCUAAAUCGAAUUGCUGUUGA